GAGGGAGGAGGAAGGGGGGGGACAAGCAGCCUCAGCUGCAAAAGCCCGAGCUCUGGUCUCUGUCUUCAUUUCCUUUUCCCACCCAGCCCCGAGAGCCGCGGCGGAGGGUGGAGAGCGAUUUCUCCCAGGCUUGCAACCUCUCCUCGCCGCGCACACACCUCCCUCUGCUCCUGGCUUUUCUUUUGUGUGGUUCCCAGGCAGGCGGAAAGCAAAGGGGGGGGGAUCGGAAGGGGGGGUGGCUAGGCAGGGGGGGGUCAUGUCCAGCAGAGUUGCUUGAGGAGAAUGUGAGCAGAGGCGAUGAACAUGCUGUCAUUGAAGGUGGCCAGUGGUGCUGAGGGCUCCAUGAAUCUCUCUGGCAGCAAAGACUCAGCCCCAGUGGAAGAGAAAAACCUCCCCCGGCGGGCGGCUUCGGAAGGGCUGGGUGCCCAGCAGCCGGCUGAUGGGAGCUCUCUCGCUUGCCAGCCCAUCGGCCUGGAAAACGGAGCCAGCCCGCCAGCCGAGUGGUUCCAGCGCGCCCAGGGCUCCGGGCUGCGCCAGCCCAACAGCGAGGCGGACAGCGGCGAGAGGAACUUCAAAGUGAAUCUGCACUGCAAGCACUCGCGGCCAAGAGAACUCAAGUGUAACAGCCGGAGCAGCAAGGCCGAGGGUCCAUGCAUCAGCUUCCCCGAUACCCAUGUCAGCAACUGUUCCACCAAGAGGCACCCAGUGGAGGAGGAGUUCAGGAUGCGCGUGAAGCCCCCAGGCCCAGUGGUGACAUCUGGUGCCAUCCGCAGCUCACCUGACUACGUCCGCGAGCCCAAGUUCUACCAGGCAGGCCAUCCUGGGCAGAGGCCAGCAGCGUGCCCGGCAGAGAAGGCCUUAUCCUGUAGCGUGCUAAGCUUCCCUGAGGGUUCCUGCCCGGCGCUGGGCCGGGAGCACCAGUCCAGCUCGCUGCUCCAUGGGGACCCGGCUGACAGGUGCCAGAGCCUCCACGCCCUUGGUCCCACCAAGGGAGAGGACUUCUCCUCGGCCAACGCUCUGGGCUGCACUAGCGACCCCCAGAUCCUGGUGGGGGGCCUGGAUGAGACAGCCACCCACGACCGCGCCCCCAAGACCUUCCCCAAUGCGACGUUGGCCUCCGGCCGCUGUAACGUCGACAACAUCGUCUUGCUGCUGAAGAGCAAGUGUGGCAACGGGCAAAUCAACCUCCACCCGGUGGUGCAGCUGAUCGACAUCAUGAAGGACCUCAACCGGCUCUCCGAGGACCUGAAGAACAGCGGUGUCCACCUGGACUGCGGCAGUCUGCGGCUCAACAGCCACCCAGCCCCCAGCGAGGAGAGCCGGAUGCUGGCCAGCACCGGGGACCGAGAUCUCCAGUACAGCUUCUUCUCCUCAGCCACGCUGGCCAACAGCAUUCGCAGCCCGGAGGAGAGGGUGGCACAGUGCAACGCCAAACCCGAGCUGCCCAGGCAGACUCACCCUGCCCCCUCUGAGAAGGAGAUGGAAGGAGGCAGGGAAAGUCCCCAGGUACCAGGAUGCCAGAGCAGCGCUGCCCUGGCCUCAAAGCCACUCGGCAACCUGGACGAAGCCAGCUGCUCCGAGCCAGACCCCACGGAUUACUCGGAGCUGGCUGAUGCAGAUAUACUGAGUGAACUGGCCUCGCUGGGCUGUCCAGGGGCCCAGCUGCUGGAGUCUCAGUCUCUGGAGCCCCAGCCCCAGUUGCUAUCAGCCCAGGAGCUCGAUUCCCAGUCCCAUUUACUAGAUUCUCAAUCUCUUGAGUCCCAGCCUCAGCUCCUAGAUGCCCAGACUCUGGAGCCCCUGCCCGAGUCCCUGGAGCUGCAGAGUCUAGAGCCGCUGCCAGAGUCGCUGGGGCUCCAGUCUCUAGAGCCCUUGUCCGAGUCUCUGGAGCUCCAGUCUCUAGAGCCCUUGUCGGAGUCUCUGGAGCUCCAGUCCCUGGAGCCCCUGUCUGAGCCUCUGGGACUCCAGGCCCUGGAUACUCUGCCCGAAUCAUUGGAUCCCCAGCUCUUAGACUCCCAAGCCCAGCUGCUCGAUCCCGAGGCCCAGUUACUGGACAAUCCGUCCCUAGGGCCCCUGCCCAAGUUGCUGGAGCCGCAGCCCCAGCUCAUGGCAGCCGAGCCCCUGGGGUCCCAUCCGCUCCAGCCCCGCCUCGGUAGCUGCCGGCUGGGAGAGGUGAUGAAGCGGGGCUCCUGCGUGGGGCGGGGCAUAGGGCGGGGUGGGGACGACCACCGGAAAUAUGCGCUGCGCAGAACAGACAAACCAAAGAUGCUCGGUCGCCGGCGGCGGGCGGGGCGGGGCCGGAGGGCGGAGGUCUCUGCCGAGAGCCGAGUCCUUCCCCUGGCCAUGCCAGCAGAGGUAGUGCCAGGGCCAGCCGAGCCCAGCGUCUCCAUCCUGCUGGCAGCUCCCGCCCUGGAGGCCGACGACAUCCAGAAGGCAGCCCUGCAGGCCAAGAAGGGCAAAUGCCGCGGGGUGCGCAAGAUGGUGGUGAAGAUGGCCAAGAUUCCUGUCUCCUUGGGGAGGAGGAACAAGACCACCUACAAGGUCUCCUCCCUCAGCAGCAACCUGAGUGUGGAGGGCAAGGAGCUGACGGCCCGUACCUCCAUGGAGCCCACCCCGCUGCUGAAGAUGAAGAACAACGGCCGCAAUGUGGUCGUAGUCUUCCCCCCCGGGGAGAUGCCCAUCAUCCUGAAGCGCAAACGGGGGCGGCCCCCCAAAAACCUGCUGCUGGGGCCAGGCAAGCCCAAGGAGCCCACUCCAGAGGUGAAGAAGAGGAGGAGGAGGAAGCAGAAGCUGGCCUCGCCCCAGCCCUCCUACGUCGCCGACACCAACGACAGCAAGGCCGACUACUCGGAUGUGCUAGCCAAGCUGGCCUUCCUGAACCGGCAGAGCCAGUGCUCAGGGCGCUGCUCCCCACCGCGCUGCUGGACCCCCAGUGAGCCCGAGUCCAUCCACCAGGCCCCUGACACGCAGAGCAUCUCCCACUUCCUGCACAGGGUGCAGGGCUUCCGCCGGCGCGGGGGCAAGGCGGGCAGCUUUGGCGGUCGGGGAGGGGGCCAUGCCGCCCGCUCGUCCCGCUGUUCCUUCAGCGACUUCUUCGAGGGCAUUGGGAAGAAGAAGAAGGCCCCCACGGCCGUGCACACUGACCCCAUCCACCCUCGUAAGAGGGGCCGGCCAGAGCCGGAUUCCGUGGGGAAGCCCAAGCGGAAGAGGCGGGCUCGCAAGAACGGGGUGCUCUUUCCAGAGCAGAACCCCAGCCAGAACUUCAGUGAUGGCACCUCGGAGUGGGCCGGGGACAAGGAGAGCCCGUGGGCGCCGCACCACAGCCACCUCUCCAGCCAGGCUAGCAGGAACUGCAGCUACCAAGGGACAGAGUCCCGGGCAUUCCAUUCCUUGGCGCUGGAGUCCAGCUCUUCCAGCCGGGCCAGCUUCUUCACCGGGAGCAACCCGUCCUCCCAGACGGAGGUCAGCCAGGAGAGGCACAACCUCUUCACCGGCUACUUCCGCUCCCUGCUGGACUCGGAUGACUCCUCGGACCUGCUGGACUUUGCCCUGUCAGCCUCGCGGUCCGAGUCACGGAAGUCCUCGGCCACCUACACGGCCCCGCCCAACACCAUGCCCAGCCAGCGGGGCCUGGCCUCCUACCCUGGCAGGAGCGCCAAAGUCACGCCCGCUGCUGCCGCCACCACCGAGGCACCCUUCCAUGCAGUCAUGCCAAACCGGCAGUCCUUCUCCCACAGCCGGGCAGCCGGAUAUGGGGUCUCCCAGGCUGCCUCGGAUUGCCGCGGGGCUGACGCUUUCCAGAAGCUGGUGCCGCUCUCGGCCGUAUCCAGGUCACCCACUGCUCACCCCACCGCCACCACCAGCUAUGCCCAGUACGGCAGCUACGGCUCGGGGCAGAGCGUGAAGCCCUCCAGCGUGUUCCAGCCGGGAAAGCAGUACCCCGCUGCCCAAGACUGUCCCAACAACAAGGACUGCAGCUUCGCCUACGGCAGUGGGAACAGCCUCCCUUCGUCCCCCAGCAGCGCCCACAGCGCUGGCUACGCCCAGCAGACAGUGGGGCCCAGCUUGCCGCUCAGCAAAGCCUCCUUCUUCACUAGCUCAGAGCCGGGCCAGUUCUCUAGCUCCUCGCACACACCCCUAAGGUGCGACAGCCGGGCCAGCACUGUGUCCCCCGGCGGCUACAUGGUCCCCAAAGGUUCCGCUGCUUUCCAACCCUCGUCCGAGAACUGCCGACAGUUCCCCAGCGCUGCCCAGUGGACUUUCCGACAAGGCUACGGGGGGCUGGACUGGAGCUCCGAGGCCUUCAGCCAGCUCUAUAACCCGGGCUUCGAGUGCCACAUCAACGAACCCAACGUCAUCCUGGACAUCUCCAACUACACCCCCCAGAAGGCCAAGCAGCAGACGAUCUCGGAGACCUUUUCUGAGUCCUCCUCCGACAGCACCCAGUUCAACCAGCCGACUGGGUACAGGCGGGCCAACAGCGAGGCCUCUUCCAGCGAAGGCCAGUCCAGCCUGUCCAGCCUGGAGAAGCUCAUGAUGGACUGGAACGAGGCCUCCUCGGCCCCGGGUUACAACUGGAAUCAGAGCGUCCUGUUCCAAAGCAGCUCCAAGCCCGGGCGGGGAAGGCGGAAGAAGGUGGACAUGUUCGACACCUCCCAUCUGAACUUCUCCUCCUCUUCCUCCUCCUCCUCGGUGUAUCCCUCCAAGAGGAGCACGGGGCCCAGGCAACCGCGGGGCUCCCGAGGGGCCUGCGCCUCCAAGAAGGAGCGGGGCACAGGGAAGGCCAAGUUCCCCACCAAAGCCCAGCAGGUCAACGCGCUGUUUCAAGAGAGCACAGACUUGGGGCUGGAUUAUUACAGCGGCGACAGCAGCAUGUCCCCACUCCCCUCCCAGUCCCGGGGCUUCGGGCUCGGCGAGCGAGAGCCGGGCGACUACGCUGGGCCCUACUCCAUGAACCCCUCCACCCCUUCCGACGGGACCUUCGUCCAAGGCUUUCAGAGCGAUUCCCCUGGCCUGGGCCAGACAGACUUGGAGAGCAAACACUUCCCCGCCCUGCCACACCAGCUGACCGCCCCGGCCCAGCAGACUGUGUUCGAAGCCAGCUUGCAGAAAGCCUUCUCGCCCAACUGCUCCCCAACCCUGGCCUUCAAGGAGGAUCUGCGGCCGAGCGACAUCCGCAAGCUGCCAGCCUGCGAAUCACUCAAGCACAGUAUGCCAGGGAGCGGCCUGCCCCACCCUGCACACAUGGCCUGCCGAGACCUCCCCAUGCCUCAGCCCCUCUACGACUCCCCCAGCUGCAAAAACCCCAGCUACUGGUACUCGCCCAACUCCAGCACCCGGAGCCCCCCCUACGAGAACAAACCUGGGGCCAACCUGCUGGUGGACUUCAUGGGGAGGGCUGACGCCUCCUGCCUCAACCCUCACCUGAGCAACCCCAACACCUCCAAGGGCGAGAAGGAGCCCCUCGAGAUGGCCAGGGCUCACCACCGGGGGGCGUACGCUUGCCCCUUGAUGAAUGACUUGAAUAUCUCCCCAGUACCAAGAGACUCUAUGCUGCAGCUGCAGGACAACUACAGAGCUAAUUUAGCCAGCACUUUUUCUGGAACACUUUUCAAGUUCUGUAUUUAACUGAGAUCGAGAACUGUUUGUUUGUUUGCUUUUCUAAAAAAAAAAGAGAAAAAAGAAAGAAAGAAAGCAGAGAAGAGGAAGAGAGAAGCCCCCUGUUUUUUUUAAAAAAUAAGAACUCGCUCCGUCUCUGAACAACGUGGCUGUGAUUUUUGGACCAAGCCGUGUUGUCGUGUCCCCCCUCCCCACACCUCCCGCUCCACAGCCUCUAGCAGAAAGACAAUCGGACAGCAGCCGCCUCCUUCCCGCCCCCGCCUGCAUGUGUGUGAGCCGACAGAGGGAAGGCAGCGGAACAGAACUCGGGACGGCGACGGGAGGGGCUGAGGGGGGCUGGGAUUUUUUUGUUGGUUGGUUUGAUUGUUUUUUCUACAAAAAUAAAUGAGAUCUGUGAACUCGAAGGAAAAACUUACGGCUGCCGACCGAG